AUGGUGGGUCUAGCCCAGACCCUCGUUUCUCAAGCCCAGAACACCCCUCGUGACUUCCUCCAGCUCCACAACGCGGCCCGCAGAGAGGUCGGGGUUGGACCCCUCAAGUGGGACCGCACCCUGGAGGCCUACGCUAAAGACUACGCCAAGCAGAGAUCAGGUGAAUGCGAGCUCGUCCACUCCGGAGGACCCUACGGCGAGAAUAUCCACUGGGGAUACGGUGGAGGUUAUACAGACGUAAAGGCCGCCAUGAAGUUCUGGCUUGACGAGAAGCAGUCUUAUGAUUACGAUAGCAAUUGUUGCAUGUUUAGGAAGGAGUGUUUGCAUUAUACACAGAUUGUGUGGAGGAAUUCGAAGCGCCUCGGCUGCGCUAGCGCAGCCUGCCCAGACGAGAGGGAGUUCUUCACCUGUAACUACGAUCCUCCUGGGAAUUUCCAUGGAGAAUGCACUUCUGAUGCGUUGUUGAAUUCCUUCCGUCAGAAGCCACGGAACAUUUUUGUAAUUUCAAAAAUUUCCGCCGCUAAGGAAGCAAGAGGCGGCCGAAAGCCGAAGUCGAUAUCCAGUAUAAAACGACAGCGUUUUGUGCAAACAAAUGAAACAGUUGAGCCUGAUCGGAGUGAUCUGGACAAAAAAGGGUCUACACGCCAGGACUAA